CGACAAGCCCACCUUCCACUGGCGAGAAACGGAGAGAAAAAGGAAGAGAGAGAACGCAGGAGGCAAAGAAGAGUGAAGGGCUAUAAAGCGACGGAAGGGAAGAGCACCAGCUCCGCUUCUUUCCUCCUCUAAUAAAAAAUCUGUGAUCUCUGUUGCCCAUCUAAAAUUUGCUCGGAGUUGGAGAUGAGCGAGUAUGGGCUAAUAUUGGCGUAAGGGGAGACCAGAAACGGGGAUAGAAGCUAAAAGUGAAUAUUGCAUCUGCCAUUCGACUCCGAGUACAUAGACCUGAUCCGAUCGCCUCGGCUGAUAGCGAUGAUGGGGGGGCUAUUAAUGGAGGGCAUGGUGUAUCCUGGAGGUCCUAAUUAUGCGCAACUUUUCGCCUCGAAUGAUGAGAAGAAUCUUAGUUAUGGUAGCCUCCUCCAUCAGCCUUCAUUGGGUGAAUGCAUAGUGGGAGAAGGAGACCUGGUAGAUCCUCCUCCCGAAAACUUUGCUGAGGCUGGUGAUGAAGAAAGUGAUGAAGAUAUCGACGUAGAAGAGCUCGAACGACGCAUGUGGAGGGAUCGGAUGCGCUUGAAGCGUUUGAGGGAACAACAACAGAACAAAAACAAGGAGCAAGGGGACACGGCAAAGCAGCAUCAGUCGCAGGAGCAAGCCCGCCGAAAGAAGAUGUCUCGUGCACAGGACGGGAUCCUUAAGUACAUGCUGAAAAUGAUGGAGGUAUGCCAAGCUCAGGGAUUCGUUUAUGGUAUUAUUCCAGAGAAGGGCAAACCGGUUAGCGGCGCCUCUGACAACCUUAGAGGUUGGUGGAAGGAGAAGGUCAGGUUUGACAGGAACGGACCUGCGGCUAUAGCCAAGUACCAGGCCGAUAAUGCCAUCCCUGGAUCCAGUAGUGAGACGAUCCCUGGGACUGUGAGCCCUCAUUCUUUGCAGGAGCUUCAGGACACCACGUUGGGCUCUCUCCUGUCAGCUCUUAUGCAGCACUGCGACCCACCACAGCGGAGGUUCCCCCUGGAGAAGGGAGUUGCACCACCGUGGUGGCCUACUGGAAGGGAGGAAUGGUGGCCUGAAUUGGGUUUUCCGAAAGAUCAGGGCCCGCCACCCUACAAGAAACCACAUGAUCUGAAGAAGGCUUGGAAAGUUAGCGUCUUGACUGCGGUGAUCAAGCAUAUGUCUCCUGAUAUCGAAAAGAUUCGUCGGCUAGUCAGGCAGUCUAAGUGCCUUCAAGACAAGAUGACUGCUAAGGAGAUCGCAACAUGGCUUGCUGUUGUGAAGCAGGAAGAGGAUGUGUAUUUGAAGCUGCACCCGAAUACUUGCCCUCCCCCAUCCUCCGGGAGUGCCAUCUCCUUCAACAGCAGCUGCAGCGAUUAUGAUAUAGAAGGUGCUGAUGAAGGCAAGAGCGAGGAUGCAGUAAUUCAGAAUCCUGCUGCCGAUGGAAAUACUUUUAGCCUGAGUGCAACCAUGGGGAACGAGAAGUUUGUCAUCUCCGUGCCAAUGAAAGAAGAGAUCAACUGUGAUUUCAUCCAAAAGAGAACUGCUGCUGAGCCACAACUGAUGCUGAACCAGCGCGUUUACACCUGCGAUAAUGCAAAGUGCCCACACCAUGAUUUUCGCCAAGGAUUUACAGACAGGAAUGCUCGAAACAGACACCAGUACCUCUGCAAGUAUCAGAACACAUUUCCUCAAUCUCUCACAAUGCUAUCUGACAACUUUCAGGUGAAUGAGAGCAAGCCCCCGGUUGUUCCUAUGUCAUCGAAUGCUCAACCUAAUGCAACUCGGCUCGGGUCAAGCCUCAAUCCUGUACAUGUCUCUGAUUUGGGAAUUCCUUCUGAUGGACAAAAGUCGAUCAAUGAGUUGAUGGGUUUCUACGACAGCAAUGUUAAUGGUAACAAGAGCUUGGCUUUGGGAAGCGUUUCUGUGUUGGAAGGGUCAAAUUCUCUCCAGAGCAGAAUUCAGAUGGAAGACAACUUCUUCAGGCAGGAGACAGGAACGGGUGGCAGUCUCUUCGAACAAGUUGGCAGCUUGGUUCAGCAACCACAGUUCUUCCUCCGUGAGGACAUGAUGCCAUUCGGGCAACAAUUCAGCAACCAACCCAAUGAAUUAAGUGGUGGCUUCAGAUUCAGAUCUGGCUUAAACAUACCUGCAAUGGAUUAUUCUGAUGUAUCGCAGAGAGGAAUGGGGGGUUCGCUGCAGAAGCAUGAUGGAUCCAGCUGGUUCUACUGAAAUAAGUGGUCAUGACCUGACCAAGAUAAUAUGAGCCAAUGGAUCAUAUGAUCAAAGUAUCGUGCAAGAUGCAGUGGAGUAGAUUCUCAAUAUAGAAACCUCGUGUUCAGGUGAUCUCGCUGCACUAUAUCACAGUUUCUUCUUUAGUAGACCAUGCAAGAAUUAGUAUUCCAGAGUGACUUGGAGAGAGUACAUGUUGUAGGGUUUGUAUGAAUCGCAGGAACUGAUGAACCAAGUAGUUUGAUCCAAUCUCUCAAUAGAAUCCCGAUAGACAACUUAUGUAUAAACUUUAUGUUGUGGUAAUUAAAAUGUAAUUUUGCUGUUGUUUAGGUCAA